AUGAAAGUUGUCAUACAAAGAGUGAAGUCGGCAUCCGUCACGGUUGAUUCAGAGUUAAUCUCGUCUAUCGGGAAAGGACUGCUCGUCUUUGCCGGUAUUGGUAAAGAGGACACUGAGAAAGAGGCUGAGAACCUUGUCAACAAGGUGCUUAAAGCGAAGUUCUGGCCCGACGAGAACGGAGCACAAUGGAAAAAGAAUGUCCAAGACAUUGAGGGUGAAAUUCUCUGUGUCUCCCAGUUCACCCUCUACGGCAAAAUGAAGAAGGGCAACAAGCCCGAUUUCCACGAUGCAGCCAAGCCAGACACAGCACGCAAGCUCUAUGAUCAUUUCUAUGGAAAAAUGUGCGAUGGCUAUCAACCGGACCGGGUCAAAAAUGGUGUCUUCCAGGCGAUGAUGGAGGUUGAACUCAAGAAUGACGGGCCGGUGGGUGUAGACUACUGCAGCGAAGACGCGGCGGUCACCAUUGAGAUCAACACCAACCUGCCUAAGAAAGAGCCCAAGGAGCAAAACAACGACAAGCAGCCGGAUGAGCAUGAGAUAAAGGGAUCAUACGAAUUCCAAAUACCGGCCGAACUGCUGCAAUGA